AGCGACAUCUAGUCAAAUAUUAUUUCACGAAUCGACUGAGAUAUGUUUAUAGUUUCGUCGAAUAAUGAUCAAAUAUUAAUCGAGAAAUACCUUAAACGCGUUUUCUGUUUCCUCCUCGUAUCGUCAACGUUGUCGGAAGUAGCAUCGCAAGAUACGCAUUCGACAAUGUCGAAACUAAUCGCUGUCGACUUCGAAGUAUAUGGAACCGUACAAGGUGUCUUCUUUAGAAAGUACACCCAAAAACGUGGCAAAGAAUUAAGCUUGACCGGAUGGUGCAUGAACACCGACCAAGGCACGGUCGUCGGACAUCUCGAAGGAGAACGAAAUAAAAUCGAAGAAAUGAAAAAUUGGCUUCGAUAUACCGGAAGUCCUCAGUCGGCGAUAGACAAGACGGAAUUUCGAAACGAGAAGGACAUAUCCCAGCCUUCAUUCACCGAUUUCGCAAUCAAAAAAUAGAGGCAAAACUGUCUAAUUGUUCAUUUUCGUAGCGUUAUGAUUUGCUCGUAAUUAAAACUAGUGUACUCGUAACUCGUAACAUACCGUGCACAACUUUGCGUUUCAAUUGCAAUAAAGUCUCUUGGACAAUAAGAAAA